UCGUCCACUCCCCGCCCCUCUCUGAGGACCUGUGGGUCCUGGGCCGAGGUCUCGGCGUCCGCAGUCCCCCGUCCCCCCGCCCUGGGAUGCGACGAGGAGGGGGGCGGCGGCAUGGAGGCGCGCUUCACGCGCGGGAAGUCGGCGCUGCUGGAGCGCGCGCUGGCGCGGCCGCGCACGGAAGUGAGCUUGAGCGCCUUUGCACUGCUCUUCUCCGAGCUGGUGCAGCACUGCCAGAGCCGCGUCUUCUCGGUGGCGGAGCUGCAGGCGCGCCUGGCUGCGCUGGGCCGCCAGGUGGGCGCGCGCGUGCUGGAUGCGUUGGUGGCACGCGAAAAGGGUGCCCGGCGCGAGACCAAGGUGCUAGGCGCGCUGCUCUUCGUCAAGGGCGCCGUGUGGAAGGCGCUGUUUGGCAAGGAGGCCGACAAGCUGGAACAGGCCAACGACGACGCGCGAACCUUCUACAUCAUCGAACGCGAGCCACUCAUCAACACGUACAUCUCCGUGCCCAAGGAGAACAGCACACUCAACUGCGCCAGCUUCACAGCGGGCAUCGUGGAGGCCGUGCUCACGCACAGCGGCUUCCCUGCCAAGGUCACGGCACACUGGCACAAGGGCACCACGCUGAUGAUCAAGUUCGAGGAGGCAGUCAUCGCCCGAGACCGGGCCCUGGAGGGCCGCUGACGCUGUGGGAGAUAAAGGAUGCAGAGCUUCCCCUCUCCCAGUG